AUGGUAUCCCUAUCUUCUAAGUCCAGGAAGCCACUUCUUGUCUUCCUGUCUCACCAAAUGGAGGGUCAUAUCAAUCCUAUCUUGACUAUUGCGUCCUAUAUGGUCAAGCGUGGAUACGAUGUCUCCUUUAUAUGCCCGGAUCGGUACAAGGAAAAAAUUACAAAUGCAGGCGCCGAGUUCAUUGAUAUGCCAGAUCUAGAUGACAAUCAUCGGGCACCACCAGAACUUGUACAAAUACCAUAUGGUUUAGAGAGAAUUGUCGUACAGAUCACAAGGGUGUUCUUUGAGACAACAGCAAUACGGGCGGAGACAGCUCUGGAAGCACUUCAGAUGCUACGCAAACGCGACCCAGAACGCCAAAUUAUUAUUCUGGAGGAGAUAUUCAGCAUGGCUACGAUGCCAUUGAGAUAUGGUUGCCCCCUGCCAGCAGGUUUUGACAGCCCUCCUAAACGAAUCGGAAUCAGCCCCAGCCCUCUCAUGGUCGAGAGUCAGGACACGGCACCCUUCAUGCUCGCGCUACCACCGGACUCAACCGAAUCUGGGCGUUUAAGAAACAAGGAGCUGCGGCGCCUCGUCAAUGAAGGCCCCAUGCGGCCAUUAUCAGAAGCUUGGGCCGCAGCAAUGAGUGCCUGCAACUGUGAGGUUGUGCCAGAUGGAAAUCCUCUAAGCGCUUGGUUUACCAACUAUGAUGCGACUUUUUUGCUAUGUUCGCCAAGUCUUGAAUAUCCCUUGAGCGAUAUGCCAAGCAUGAUCAAUUUUGCUGGUUGUCUACCCCGGCGGGAUAUUAGCGCUAAUUAUGAAUAUCCAGACUGGUGGUCUGAAAUCACAGAGAAUACAGCAGCUGAAGACAGGAAAAAAAUUCUGUUUGUCAGUCAGGGAACUGUAAGUAACGAUUGGCAUCAGCUAAUUUUGCCAACGAUUCAAGCCUUCUCUAGUCAUGACGAUAUCCUGGUCAUCGCUUCGCUAGGGGCGCGAGGCAGCAAAAUGCCAGAAAACAUUGAAUUACCAGAAAAUGCAAGGGUUAUUGAUUAUAUCCCUUACGAUCUGAUAUUAGAGCAUUCGGAUAUCUUUAUCUCUAAUGCUGGUUAUGGAGCUUUUUGCCAUUCAGUUAUUAAUGGUGUGCCCGCUGUAUUUGCAGGGGAGUCUGAAGAGAAAGCGGAGGUCAUAAUGCGCGCUACAUGGGCUGGAUUUGCAGUGAGCCUAAAGACACAAACCCCAACUUGGCAGCAGAUAAAAGAGGGUGUUCAGCGUGUGCUAGGGGAUGAAAAUUACAGAAGGAGAGCAGAAGAGUUAAGGCAGGAAAAUGAAGCUCUAAAUUCACUGGCGAGAAUAGAGCAAAAGAUUAUUGACUUUACAGAGUAA